AUGGAUCUUAAUCUUAGUGAUGCUAUUAGUACUGCCUCUAAUGAUAGUCUAAGUGAGGGAUAUUCAACUGCAGGUUUCGCUCAUAGUCCAAUUAAAGAUGCAGUUGUUUCAAUACCAAAAAAUUCAUUAUAUGAUAAUUUGAAUUUAAGUAAUGCCAUUCAGAAUCCAUCUGAAGAUAUAAAUUUGGAUUCAGCUAAAUCAAUAAAUCUUCUUCAUAAAAAGUCGUUAAGUAUUUUUCAGUUAGUUAUGAUUAUUAUUUCUUUCCUUCGUUUUGCGAGAGCUUACUCUCCUAAAUUGAAAGCUAAGCAUAAAGAGAGAGUUAAGUUGCAGAAUAAAUGGGAUAAUAGGGAUAAAAAGAUGAAAGGUGAUUGGGAAAAGAUGGAGAAAAAAUGGGAUGAAAGGAAAGAAAAAGAAAAUAGAGAAAAGGAAGAGUUAAAUAAAAAAGAAGAGGAAAGAAAAAAAAAGACAAAUAAUGAGAUGAAAAAAUUUAAUAUAAGAUGGAAUGGAGAAAAAGAUAUAGAAAAUGAAAAAAAGAGAAUAGAAACGCUCUAUCGUCAAGUAGUUCAAUUAGAUGAAAAAUGGAAAAAAUAUGAAGAGAAUUGUAUAAUGAUGAAUGAACGGAAAAAAGAAGAAAGAAAAAUAUUAGAAGAAAAAAGAAGAGAAAGAAGGGAAAAACACGAAGAAAAGAUGCUAAAAGAAAAUGAAGAGUGGAAAAAGAGCAUGAUAGAAAAAAAUAAAGAGUGGAAAAUGAGCAUGAUAGAAAAAAAUAAAGAGUGGGAAAAGAGAAUGCUAAAAGAAAAGGAAGGGAUGGGAAAUGGAGUUCUAAAAGAAAUGGAAGAGUUGGAAAAGAAAAAGCUAAAAAAAAUGGAAGAGUUGGAUAAGAAAAUGAAAAAAAAAAAGGAAGAAUUGGAAAAGAGAAUGAUAAAAAAAAAGGAAGAGUUGGAAAAGAAAUUGCUAAAAGAAAAAAAAGGAAAAAAAGAAAAGGAAGAAGAGGAAAAUAGAAUGCAAAAAGAAAAGGAAGAAUGGGAAAAGGAAAUGCAAAAAGAAAAGGAAGAGUGGGAAAAGGGAAUGCAAAAAGAAAAGGAAGAGUGGGGAAAGAGCAUAAAGGAAAAAAAUGAAAAGUGGGAAAAAGAAGAAAAUAUGAAAGUUGAUGAAGAAGAAAGUGAGUUUAAUUUAAAGUGGAAAAAAGAAUUUGAUAAGAUAAAAGUAUAA